CUCCUAUCACUAUUAUAUUGGCAAUACUGACAUUUGUCAGUCAGUUAUUGUAUUGAGCGCGGAAAAAAUAUACUUACCUACUGGGAUACGUGAUUCCAAGAUCUUUAAAUUUUAGUGCAUUAUUUCAGGUACAAAUAUUAAACAAUAGAAAUGUCUGAGGCGAAGAUUAAAGAGUUGCGUGACGACGUUGAUGAGUUAAACGAACUCCUUAAACAAGCUAAACGCAAGAAGGUGCAGGAUGUGUUGACAUUGGAAAUUAGGAAACUUGAGACUGAGAUGGUCAAGUUGAAGGAAAGCGAGAACACCACCCCUAUGGAAGUAACUCACACUCCAGCUACAUCAGCAACCUCAUCCCAGUCUAAAAGCAAAAGAUACCAAAUUAAAUUAAAUGGGUAUGGUUGGGAUCAAUCUGAUAAGUACAUAAAAGUAUUUGUUACACUUAAAAAUGUCCAAACUUUGAGCAAGGACCAGGUAUACUGUAAGCUUACAGAGCGUUCAAUGGAACUGCAUGUUGACAACCUAGAUAACAAAGAUUAUUUGCUUGUCAUUAAUAAACUGCUUGAACCCAUCAACAUAGAGGAAAGUCAUUGGAAGCAGAAGACAGAUAUGGUUGUUGUGUUUUUGGCAAAGAGUAAUCCCAAUGUGAAAUGGUCCCACAUGACAGAGAUUGAAAAGAAAUUUGAGGAUCAACGUAACAGCCGUUUCAAAACUGAUGACAUGGGCAAGAAAGAUCCGCAGGAUUCUAUAAUGAGCCUCAUGAAGAAUAUGUAUGAGACUGGUGAUGAUGAAAUGAAAAGAAUGAUUUCUAAAGCAUGGUAUGAAGGCCAACAUAAGAAGCCAACUGAUACAUUAGACCUUUAAUAUUAUUUUGUUUACUGUUAAGGAUAAAUAAAUCAUAGUAUGUUUAUAUAAA